AUGUCAUCGAUUAGAGCGGCAGCUACUUUAUCAAGAAGAUCUCGUCUCUCGAAGGCAGCAAUGACUUUGCUCCGUCAAUUUGUUGAAGGGCCUGAGCCAAAAUUGAUUCGUGUGGCUGUUAAAAACAAGGGUUGUGCUGGACUAUCAUAUGUCCUGGAAUACGCUAAAGAGAAAGGGAGGUUUGACGAAGUAAUCACGCAAGACG